AUGAACAAGCAGGUAGAAGGGGGCCCGCAGCGAGAGCAAAGGACAACUAUUCAGGCGCCAAGUGAGAGCUCUGAGCCAAAUCCCUGCAAGGUAAAGCAACUAGGAAUGAUGCUGGUAUCUCCAGGGCUGGACGAAGAUAGAUUGAGCGAGAGAAUGAUCUUGAAGAUCAAGAAAUCAAAGGAUAUCGAAAAAGACCAAAAACUACUGAUAUCAAAGCUUUCGCAGAGAGAGGAAGAACAUACCAAUAAACCGCCGGCCAUUACAAUUUCUUCACCCGAGCAUGGGAUGCCUUUCAAGCAGCGGAACCAUUCCCUGAAGAGGAAAAUGGUUCCUCCAGCGCUAAACCUUUCCAGCAUACCAUCAUCCUCACAAAUGCAGGCAUCCAAAAGUGCUCCACCAAACGUAACAAGAUUUCCGCACCAGCAAAUCAACCCUAGAGUUAGAUAUAUGGGUAGAAUAGCUGCUGCAAUCCAGGAGUGUCCAUCUCCAAUAAUAGCGAAUCCGUACGUGGUGGCUCCGCAUCCAUAUGCUGGGCUGUCAUCGGUACCUUACUAUCCAUAUAUUCCAACCCCAACGCAUACCCACCCAUACCCAUGCGAAGGUUACUAUCCUUCACUCUACCCUACCCCCAUGCAUGAUAAUACCAUGACAUCCUCCAACAACCAAGGAAAGAGGAGAAAACACACAAGGAGGUCAUCGAAUUUAAAUGAUUUGACUUCGAGGAAAAAGAACUUCAUUUCUAAGCAACGUACCGGGGAUAACGUCAAUAGUGAAGGUGAUAGAGAGACAGAAAGCCCCGUUGCGAAACAGGUACUGGGCGAAGACGUGGCACUUAACGACGAUAUGCACCAUUGUAACGCUAAUGAGAGGGUCAUUGCGGGAGAAAUCAAUCUGCAUGACGAUGUCUUUAAAUUCGAAGUUCAUAAUGAUAAAGACGAAUACAUGAAGACAUGUGAAAGAAUCUGGAAUGAAUGGCAAAACCUGAAAAAGUGA